CCCGUAUUUAGUGAAGAACCUAAAAACAAUUAUUAUAUGGUCAAAAACAAACCAGUCAUCAUAAAAUGUGAAGCAACACCCGCCAUUCUUAUCACCUUUGAAUGUGCUGGUCAGAAAGUUCCUGCAAAACUUCAAGAAAAUUUAGUCUUGAGCGAUCCAGUCACAGAUAUCAAAACUCUUCAGUCCUCCAUUAAAGUCUUCAGAGAAGAAGUGGAAGAAUACUAUGGCAAUGAUGGAUAUGGGUGUGUCUGCUAUGCAUGGAACACAGUACCAGGCGAAAGUGAUCCUCAAAGUAGAGAAAGUAAUCGUGGUCUAGUGGAGAUAGCAUAUUUAAAGAAGAGAUUCCAGAGAGUUCCAAUGAGUCAGACAGUUGAAUUACAAUCUACGAUAUCUUUACAAUGUUUACCUCCAGAAGGAAAACCUUUACCAGAGGUUUUUUGGUUAAAAGAUGGGAAAAUGAUCGAAGUUUGGAAAGAAAUCAAUUUUAUUAUCUCAAGUGAAGGCAACUUGAUUAUCAAUCAGGCACGUUUAGAAGAUACAGGAAAUUAUACUUGUGGUGCCCAAAAUCCUGCAAGUCGACGUUUCAGCGAAUCUGCAGUUUUAACAGUAUUUGUAAAUGGUGCCUGGUCAACUUGGAGUGAAUGGACCGAUUGCUCAGCUAAGUGUGGUAAAGGUACUCAAAGAAGAACUCGUACAUGCACCAACCCUGCCCCUUUAAAUGGUGGCAAAUCAUGUACAGGAGAAGCUGUGAAUCGUAUAGCAUGUACAUCAUUAUGUUCAGUGGAUGGUCUUUGGUCCCCUUGGUCAUCCUGGUCAACGUGCAGUCCAGAUUGUAUACAUCAUCGCCGUAGGUCAUGUGAAAAUCCAGCUCCAGCCAAUGGCGGAGAAUAUUGCCUCGGAAAUGACUUAGCAUCUGCCAACUGUACAGGUGGCAUGUGCAGAGCAAGUCGUGUUGAAGAUGGUGAAAAUAUUCCGAUGUAUAUUGGGUUAUGUGUUGCUGUAGCCGUGUUUAUAACAGUGAUAGUCUUGAUCGUCAUAUUCAUGAGAAGAAGAAAGGCCCGCAGUCAAGGUGUGUUUUCUAGGGAGUGUUUGAGCACAGGUGAGCUUACGUCACUGAUACUUUUUCAAGUAACCAUUUUUUUGGUUUUUCUUUCAGAAUUGAUGUCAAUGCAACCUGAUUUGACCGUGGUAACAGUUCAACAUGCCCUACCAGUGGAUUCACCCAACAACAACCACAUGAUGGACAAACAACCCUUGUAUGAUGUACCAGACAUCAAUGCCCACCAUCGUUUAUCUGGAACUCUUCCCAAAAACAGUAAAAUGAUGUUAGUGGAACCAACAAUCAAUCAUAACCUCAGUUCCUCUUUAGAACACUUAUCAGUUUGUGACAAUAAAAAUUCAUUACUGUUACCAAGUACAGUAGAUGCUGAUGGUGUUACUUGGAGUACAUUUGACAGUUGUGGAGGUCGUCUUGUUUUACCAGAAUCAGGAGUAAGUCUGUUAAUACCUGAAGGUGCUAUCAAAGAAGGUCAUGUAGAAGAAAUUUAUUUAGCUAUAUGUAGAGAUGAUAAAGAUAGACCAAGGUUAAAUGAUAAUCAAACAAUAUUAAGUCCUCUACUGUUGAUAGGACCACCAAGUGUGGUGUUGAUGAAACCAGUCAUAUUAUCAUUUCAACAUUGUGCCAGCAUGAGACAAGGUGGCUGGAUCUUGUCCCUAUACAACAGUGAUAGUCCUAUUGACGAACCACCAUAUUGGAAAAAAAUGGUAACAUUGGGUCACGAAACCAUCAAUACUCCAGUUUAUACCCAACUUGAUCCUAAUCAGUGUCACAUUAUGGGAGAAUAUUUACAACGCUAUGCCAUCAUUGGGGAGUCUGUUCCUGGAGCAAGAGCCAUCAAGAUUUUACGUCUGGCUGCCUUUGCUCCUGCUGCUCCUCCUGCCAUGGACUACAGUAUUAGAGUGUAUGUUGUAGAAGAUACUCAUGAUGGCUUAGAGGGAGUGAUUCAAAUGGAGAAGAAGUUAGGUGGAAGAUUACUAGAUAAACCAAAACAAAUACCAUUCCAAGACUGUGGUAAUAACUUAUGUCUUUCUAUAGAAGAACUGUCGCCUGGUUGGAGAAGUAAACUGGCUGCUAACUAUCAGGAAAUACCAUUCCGCCAUAUUUGGAGUGGAAACCAGAAUAAUCUUCAUUGUUCAUUUAGUGUAGAAUCUAUAGAUAGAAUACAGUCCAAUGUAUCAUGCAAAAUACAGGUUUAUCAAAAAGCUGUCCCCAACAAUCGUCAAGUUAUUCGUAUUUCUUCCAAUAUUAAAGAGGUAAGUGAAACAUUAUUCUUUUUCAGAAACCAUGCUCCAUCCUCUCUCUCAUUUCCACAGAAAUAUACAUUAAUCAUAUUACCACCCCACAUUCGACAUCAGUUAUGUUUAUUGUUAGAUCCACCCAAUGCUAGAGGAAAUGAUUGGAGAAUGUUGGCACAAGCAUUAACUGUUGAUAGGUAUAUUAUUUUCUUUGCAACUAAACCAAGUCCAACAGAAAAUAUCUUAGAUUUGUGGGAGGCGAGACAUCGUGAAGAAACAGCCGUGACAGAUUUAAUGAACAUUUUACGUGUGAUGGGUCGAAUGGAUGCUGCAUCAGUUCUAGAAAAAGACAUGGGCUCGUGGUUAUGAUAUCGUGAUAUUCUUGUGUGAAAACUCUUUAAUUAUUGUGAUAUAUUUGCCCAAAUAUGGACAAAAAGGAGAGAAAUAUGUAUGUGUUGCUUAAUCAGACACCUUAGGUGCCAAUCUAGUUCAAAUGUUGAGAAAAAUAUUAUAUAAAGGUGCUUUAAGACUUUCAGUUUUGAGUGUGAGCGAAUAAGCAUCAAAGCAACGUCAAAUCCUCAACAUGUGCAAAAAUUGUGAUAAAAAUGUUCCAUUUGUGAACCAAACCACAAAAACUACUUUGCAAACUGUUUUCUUAUGAAAGAAAAAAAUCAAAAUAGAAAAGUGAGAUUACUUAAAAACUUUUAGGGACUCAUAUGAAGGGACCCUCAGUGCUAAAUAUGGACAGAUCAUGUCUUCUGCUAGGACAGAUCUGCCAAGACAAUUUGUGUAUAAAGGGAAGUAACUCUACUUAAUGUUCUCCCAGAAUUAUAUUGGAAGAGAUUUUUUCAGAUAUUUAAUGUGCCUGUUAUUUAUUUUGUAAAUAUGAAAGAGACUUAGUGUACCUGUGUAGGGAAUUGUUUUGCUAUUCCUUUUCAAAACAGAAAAUAAACAAUUUUUGUGCUAAAAUGUGAAAAUGACUAUGCAAAAAUAUGCAUUCAAUUUGAUGUAUAUAGGAUGUAGCCCUUUCACAACAUAUCAACAAUUUGUAUAGGAUUUUGUGUUUGAAAAUGAUUCAGCUUAGACCAAAUAUGAAAAUUUCGUUCAGAUUGUCAACUUGCCUGUUGAUUCUAAUCUUAUUUUUGGAAGCUAGGUUAUCAAGUAUGGCAUUGGGUGUUCAAAGAGUAGAACUCUUCAUCUGUAUGCCUAGUCUACUCCAGGAUCUAGAAAGUGACUAAGUGAAUCAAAUCAUGUUCAUAUUCCUAGAUCACCUGAUACCAGUCUGCAAUGAACUGUUCAGAGUAAUGUUUUGCUGAAGAUCUAGUCCUCCAGGGAAUUUGAAGGAGGUACAUUCAAGUAGCACUAAGGCUCCAUUAAAAGUGCUGGAAAACGAACAAAAACAGCUUGUACUCUUGUGUUCAGCUUUGUUUCAGAAACCAGAAAGCAUUUAUUUAUACAUACAUUAUAUAAGCUUGAGUUUAUAAACAUGUACAAACAUUAUGCAAUCAUGCCUUUCAUAACUCAUUAUAAAUUAUAAAAUAUU